AUGGGAACGUCCAACAAUCCGCUGGACCAUCCGCUGCUAUGGAGUCAGCAGCUCAAGCGAGCCCAGGAAAAACGGAUUGCUGACGCAAGCUGGCGCGAUUGGCAACACCGGAAGCAUCUGGAGCGGCAAGCACGUGCCAAAGAGCAGGCCCACUACCGGGAAGUGAUGGAGCGUUACUCGCCGUGGGGUCGCAAAGGUGGCGGAGCCCCGAAUGACACCGUUCGCAUUAGAAAUAUUCAGCUGCAAGGCCUCUAUCCGGAGACGAAAAAUGACUUUCGGAAUCCGGUUCCAAUGCACCGGCCGAAGGGAGUGAGCGCCGGUGGGGGCGGUGCCCCGCUGCGAAGUUCGUCCGGCCAGAUCGUUACUGGACUGACGGAUGAUCCGAUCAUCAGUUUCAACGACGCCAACCGGUACCACGUGGAUAAUGAUCUGCGCUACAAAACAACACAGGCUCAGAAGCAAUCAUACCGAGCGGAACUGGAUAAAAUUGUAGCGGACAAGGAAAAUCGCAGAAAGACGCGAAGCUCUGAGAUGGAUGCGAAGGGGAAUGGAGGACCUUGGGGAAAGCCGGGCCCUGGUGGAAAGCCAUGGAGACCGCCGAAAAAUGUUGGACAAAACUUUAUGAAGUCGAUGGGUUGGACAAACAAGGAAACGUUGCAGGAUCUUGAUAUUGAAGUUGUUACCAAGAUGCAACGUCAACUGGAGGAGGAAAAUAGAUAUCUAAAAAAGUUUUCCAAUUGCUGCUCCCGGUGUGUGUGCCAAUGCAUCAGCAAUAGUCUAGACCCACCGUUCAACGGUAGUGGAAGUGCCCAAAUGCCACGUGCCGCCAUUAGCCCUCCGAAGUCACAGUUAAUUCCGCCAGCUACAGCACCAAGCCAAGCCUUGCGAGAGGAUCCAAAUCCAAGUACCGAUAAAAUCACAGAUCGACGGGUUCUUAGAUUGUGUCAGCAAAAUCAGCAACCCACUCCGGGGCGGGCCCCGGUUACAAAGAGAGGAGCCAAGGUCAUCCCGACUCGAAACUGUAUGAUAACUGGGGGUGUUGAGUUGGUUCCGUUGUUAGCGAAGCGUCGCUCCCAGCCAAGACCGAUCAGCUUGGGAACCACCGAUGUAACCAAAAUUGAUAAGUACAACUCGAAUGGCGCCGUCGUCGUGCGUCAGUCUGGAGAUGAAUAUCUGCACGAGCUGUGCACCCAGAUGAACCAAAAGCAGCGUAAGAUCGAAACUACUAGAGUAGUCGAGUUCGAAACCAGCAAACAACAUUUCGAAACGUGGUCCAGCUUUUGGGGCAGGCCGGGCCACGGAGCACCACUACCAAACAAAAACAAACUAAACCUGGACAAUCUGCUUUACGCGCCACCACGGUAA